AUGACAAAAUUCCCCGAAGAUAAUUAUGAAUGCUUAAAUUUAACAGAACUUAAAAGUAACAUAGAGGAGAAAAACAUAUUAGGUUAUAGUAUUAACUAUACAGUAAAUGGGUUAUUAUUUUUUGGAGGGUUUAAAAUAGAUGACGAAAAUAACACGGGUGUUAUAUGCAAUGAUUCUUAUUUAAUUAAUAUAAAUAAUGAGAAAGCAAAAUAUGAAAAUCUGUUAAGUAAGGUAAAGCCGCCUCCGAGAUGCUAUCAUAACGCAUGUACUUUAUUAGAUAAUCAUGUAGUUAUUUUUGGAGGUUUGAAUUCUGAAUGCCCUUUUAUAGCUUUAAAUGAUUUGUGGAUAUUUAAUAGUACUAAUAAAACAUUUUUGAAAUUAAGAAAUGGCUUAGAAGAAGAAUCCAAUAAUGAAAAUGAUGGAAAUUCCAAAGAUGAUUUAGAAAUAUCGACGAACCCGAAAUUAAAUGAAUUUGAAACCCCUGAAAUCGAUGAAGAGGGUAGUAAUGAUGAUUCAUUUUUGGAUGAUGAAUAUGUUAGAAGUUUAAAUAAAUAUAUACAAUAUAAUAUAAACAAAAAUAAUACCAAGAAUAGCAACGAUGGAAAUUUGCCUAUAAAUAAUGUACCGUUGCCUCGAUAUUAUUCCAGCCUAGACAUAUAUAUAGUGAAGAAAAAAAAUGCGGAAAUACAAAAAGAAGAAAAAGAUGAAAUUGUUACUAAAGAUAAUAAAAUAUUCAUAAAUAAUGCAAACAAUUAUGAAUAUUUUAGUUUGAUAAUAUUUGGGGGAUAUGGAGGUUAUGAUAGAACGAGCUUUAAUGAUUUAUACGAAUAUAACAUACUAAAUAACGAAUGGAUUUUAAGAUCGUGUAAAGGUAAUAUCCCUUCAAAUAGAUAUGGACACAUCUCAUUUAUAAACGGAAAUAAUUUAUUUAUAUUAGGAGGUACAAAUGCUGAAGUGAGUUUUACUGAUAUGUAUUCGUGUGAUUUAAUGAAAAAUGAGUGGACAGAAGUUGAUUUCUCGUAUUCUUUUAAUGCAUCUAAAGUUUUUUGUAAGAAUGUCCUAGUUGAAUCUAUAGAUAGAAAUAUAAUUUUCAUAUUUGGAGGCUAUAAUAUUAUAAGUGAUGAAAAAGGAAAUAGAAAAAUUGAAUAUGGGAAUGGAGAAUUAAACAUGUUGAAAUUAUAUGACACAUUUAAGUUAGAGGAAUUAAAAUAUACUAUCAUUCGAAAUAAAAAUUCUAAUUCUAUUAAAGAUGUAUUGCCAAUAAAUAGCGUUUUAAACGGCACUGAUGGUAGGAUAAAUAAUAAGGAAGAUUAUACAGAUUGCAAUAAUAAUAAUAAUAAAGUAGACGAUAUAAGCAAUUUUGGAAAUGAUGAUAAUUCGUCUGAUAUAGCAUUUUGUUCAAUCGCAUAUGAUUUUGUUGAUUCUAACUUGAUUAUUUCUGAUUCAAAACAGAAAAUUUAUAUAAUGAACAUAAAUAAAAUAAUAGGCCCUAAAUAUGCUAUUUUUAACAUUUGCCCCAAUUCUUGUGAUAUAAAUGGAAAUAAAAAAAUACUAUUAAAAGGAAAAGGUUUCACUAAUGAGGGUAAAAUUCUUGUGAAAUAUCAAUCAGAAAAUACUACAUUAUAUAGUGAAGGAAUUUAUAUUAAUGAAAAUCAUAUAUAUACAAUAUCUCCUAAUGCAAAAGAUAUAAUAAAUAAUAAUAUUUUCCAUGUACAAUUAUCUAUAAACGAUAAAUGUUAUACAACAAAUAGUUGCAUCUUAGAAUAUUAUUAUAAUAUAGAUCCUAAAAAUACUUUAAUUUUUGGUAGCGGGUUAUUAGAACCCAUAUGUUUAAACGAAUCUAAUAUAUUUUUUUUAGUAGCAAGAAAUUCUUUAAAUGAAAAUAAAAAAAUUGGAGGAGAUAAAUUUAAAAUAACUAUUAUAUAUGAACAUGAAAAUAAAGAACAUCAGUUGCAAUACAAAGUCUAUGACAUAAACAAUGGAAUAUAUAUAGUAAAGUAUUUACCAUUUUACAAAGACGAAGAAAAAAUUAAGCCGAUUAAAUCUGAUAUUAAAAACACACAAAAUGAAACGCAGGAUAUGGAAAAUGUAGAGAACAAAAAUGCUGGAGAAAAUAUAAGCACAAACAAAUUGAUAGAUUCGAGUAAUAACACCAAUGUUGAUCCUAAUACAAAUGCAGAGAUAGAAAAUAUGAAAACAGAGACUAAUGAGGAUUCUAAAAAUGGUCAGAAUGUGAGCCCAAAUUAUACAGAAAUUUCAGAGAAAAUUGGAGCAUUAAAAAUAACUGUAAAAGUUAACGAAGAAAAUAUACGCAAUAGUCCAUUUACCAUAAAUGUGUAUAAUAAAAAACAAGAAAAAGAAUCAUAUGUAAGAAAAUUUAUUAACAAUAGAUUAAAUGAUUUAAUAACUAAAGCAGAGACAGUGUUAGAGCUAAUUAAAAACAAAAAUAUGAAUACAAAUAAUUUAAUUAAACUAAAUAUCAAUAUUGAACAAUUCCUGAAUAAAUUUUCCAAAUCGAUAUAUGAUAUAAAUAUAAUUGAGCAAUAUAUGUUAUACGGAAAUAUAAAUAUUAACAAUAUUGAAGAAAUUAUAGAAAAACAAUAUGAAGAAAAUAAUGUAAUAGAUGCAUAUUUAGAAGACGAAGUUUUCAUUGACAAGCAAAUUAACGAUUUGAUAGAAAAAGAAAAAGAAGUCAAUCAGAAAAAUAAAUUUAUCGGUUUGGGACAAAGCAGUAUCAGAAACUCUAAAAACAAUUAUAAUACCCCAGAAAAAAAUGAAUCAAAUAAAGAAGCAAAAAUAAAUAGUGAUGAAACAGAGAUUGAAUUGGACAAUGAAAAAGUUGAAAUAAAUAAAAACCAAGACGAGGUAAAUUCUAUUAACCUAAAUAAUAUAGAAAACGAGUUUUUAAAAUUAAAAAAUAACGAAGAUAUGGUCAGAUUUAUAGAUGAAAAUAAACUUGAAUUUAUGGAUUAUAUUGACUCAAAUUCGAUGAAGAAGCUCAAAAAUUAUAUUACUCUUUUGAAUAAUGAAGAAACAAAUUUACGAAAUAAAAAAUUCACAAAAAGAGGUGAUGCUAAUAAAAACACAGACGAAAGAAAUAACAGAGGGAAAUAUAAUAAUUUACAUGAAGAAUACUUAUUACAAAAUAACGAAAACAAAUGUGAAGUGAUAAGGAAUUUAUUAAUUUUUUACUAUAAAUUAAGAUAUGUUUGUAUAUGUAAAAAAGAAAAGGAGCUAAAAGAUGAAUUUAUAAAAGAAGAAAAAGAAAGCAUAAAAAAAUUAAAAUUAAAUUAUAGAAAAUUUGCAAAUAUAAAAAAAAACUUAGAUAUAUCAAAUGUCUAUAGCCAUAAUUAUGGUUAUGAAGAAUCGUUAAAAGAACUUGAAAAUACAAAAAAAUAUCUAAUAGAAAUAAAGGAUGAAGUAAAAGAAAUAAAACAUAUUUCGGAUCAUAUAAUAAAGAUUGAUAACGUAGAAGAGCUAAAUAAAGAUAUCGAAAAUUUAGAUAGCGAAAUAAACGAGAUAGAGAAAUUAUGGCUUUUUAUCAAAAAAAAAGAAGAAAUAUUAAAUAAUUAUUUUUUUUCAAGUUUUAAAGACCUAAAUGUAGAAGAAUUUGAUAUUGAAGUUAAAAAAUUGCAAAAUGAUUUUAGAAAAAUAAAAGUAGACAAAAAACAUAAUAUAUCAAAAGAAGAAACAUUAAAAUUAAAAGAAACUAUAAAAUUCAUUUCGGUUUUAAGUGAAUUGAAAAAAGAUUUUAUAAAAGAAAGACAUAUAAAAGAAAUCGAAAAUAAUAUUAAUGAAGAAAAAGAAAGUAAUAACGAAGAAAAAAUAACCAUUCAAAUUGAUGAAAAUACGUUAACCAUAUAUUUUUAUAAAUUAAAUGUAAUGAAAUAUCAAGAUACUAUUUCAGAAGUAAUAAUAAAAGCAUAUAAUGAAAAAUUGAUAGAAGAAACAAUAGAUAAAUUUCAAAAACAUUGGGAACAAAUAUAUUUUAAAACUAAAAAUUAUAAAAAUGAUAUUAUAUUAGCAUAUAUAGAUGAUACUUGUAUAGACACAAUAGAAGAACAUCAAAUUACUUUGCAAAAUUGUUUUUCUUCAAAAUAUUUUCUUUUCUUUUCAACGGAACUAAAUUUAUGGCAAAAAAAAAUAUCAAAUAUAUAUGAAGUCAUACAAUUACUUAAAGAUAUAGAAAAGUUAUGGGCCUAUUUACAAAAUAUGUAUAUAAAUUCAGAAGAAGUCAAAAAAGAAUUACCAUUAUAUUCAAAAUUUUUUCUAACAAUAAAUGAUGAAUAUCUAGAAAUGUUAAAACAAAUAAAUGAUAAUAAUACAAAAAUUAUCGACUUUUCAAAUGAACCAGGCAUUAUAGAUAAAUUGGAAGAUUUAAAAGUAAAAUUAUGUAAAAGUGAAAAACCAUUAAAUGAAUAUUUAGAUUCAAAAAGAAAAUCAUUUCCUAGAUUCUUUUUUAUAUCAUCAACAGAUUUAAUAGAUAUAUUAUCCAACGGAAACAAUUUUAAACUUGUUAAUACUCAUAUUCAAAAAAUAUUUUUAUCUAUACGAAGUUUUGUAGAAAAUUAUGAAGAAUUAACUGACUAUGAAAAAGAAAAUGAAAUAAAAUUAAUAGCCGAUGCAAUAAGUAAUUCCAAUCUUAAAAGUGCAAAAGAAAAAGCAUCGAAAAAUUUACGAGUUAAAAAAGGUGCAAAAAAUAUAGAAGAUACAAAUAAUUCAUUAUCGAAUGGAAUAGCCAAUAAUACAGAAAAGUCAAAUGAUGAAACUGAAACAAUUAUUACAAAAUUCAUUUCUUCUUAUGGAGAAGAAAUUUGUAAUUUUUAUGAACCUCUUAACUUGAAAGGAAAAGUGGAAUACUACCUAAAUGAUAUAAUUUCUCACAUUAAACAUACUCUUAAAUAUUAUAUUACAAACUUGUUUAAAAUGAAAAAUAUAUAUAAUAAUGAAAAAGACAAAUGGAUUGAUGAAAAUAAUUUAGCUCAAGUAUUUAUAUUAUGCAAUACAAUAUUCUUCGUUAAUGAUGUAGAAACUAUUUUAAGUAAGGAAGAUGGAAAUAUAUUAGAAGAAAUAAACAAUUAUUAUAAAAAUCAUAUUCUACAAUUAGAAAAGGUUAUCAAAAAAGUUCAAAAACCACUAACUGUUAAAAACCGAAUAAAAAUUAUGUGUAUAAUUACUUUAGACACUUUUUACAGAGAUGUACUAGAAGUUAUAUUAAAAAAUAAAAAUACAAUUUCACCAAAUAUGUUUUAUUGGCAAUCACAAAUAAGAAUGUAUCCAAUGUUUAAAAAAAAAAAAUAUUAUCAUGAAGCUGUGCAUAAAAAAAUAAAUAUGAAAAAAGAGCAUCAUAACGAAGAUAACAUAAAUCCUAACGAACAAAAUGAAAAUGAAGAAGAUUGUCAAUCAGGAGAAAUUCAUAACGGUGAUAGUAAUGAUAAUCUGAUUCAUAAAGAGAGUAAUAAUAUCAUAAAAGAUGAUAAUAACGAAACUAAUAACAGUGCCAGUAAUAGCGACGCAAUGAGUGAUGAUAGUUACAGACAAGAUGUUGAUAUUUACAAAAAAAAUAAUAAUCUCGAUUUUAAAGAAUUAUAUAUAAAAAUAAAAAUUAUGGAUUGCUCAUUCGAUUAUUCUUAUGAUUAUAUAGGAAACUAUCAAAGACUUGUAAUUACACCUCUUACAAGUCGUAUAUAUAUAACUGCAACACAGGCGUUAAGCUUAUAUAUGGGUUGUGCACCUGCUGGUCCUGCUGGUACAGGGAAAACAGAAACGACAAAAGAUUUAUCGAGUUUUUUUGGAAAAAAUUGUUACGUAUUUAAUUGCUCAGAUCAAUUAGAUUACAAAAGCAUGGGUAAUAUAUUUAAAGGAAUUGGAAGUACAGGGUGUUGGUGUUGUUUUGAUGAAUUCAAUAGAUUAAUUCCUGAAGUAUUAUCUGUUUGUUCUAUUCAAUUUAAAUCGAUAUUAGAUUGCAAACGUAAUAAUAAGAAGGUGUGUAUAAUAGGGUCUAACGAAAUAAUAGUUAAAAAAAAUUGUGCAGUUUUUAUUACUAUGAAUCCAGAUUAUUUAGGGCGAUCGAAAUUACCUGAAAGUUUAAAAAUAUUAUUUAGGCCUAUUACAGUUAUUAUUCCUGAUUUUAAUAAAAUUUGUGAAAACAUGCUUAUGGCAGAAGGAUAUGUUGAUGCUAAAUAUUUAUCUAUUAAAUUUACGACCUUUUUUGAAUUGAUUCAAAAUUUAUUAAAAGAUAAACAUUGUGAUUGGGGGUUGAGAAGUAUUAAAAGUGUUUUGACAAAAGCUGGAAUUCUUAAAAGAGCAUAUCCAGAUGCUGAUGAAAAUAAAUUAUUAUAUUCAGCCAUACAUGAUAUUAAUAUAGCAAAAAUAUCUUCUUCUAACUGUUCUAUUUUUUCAGGAUUAUUAAAUGAUAUAUUUUUUUCAAAUCAAGAGAUAGAAACUGAUGAAAUUGCAAAUGGGGAUACCGAACAAUCUGUAUUGGAUAAGAAAGAAAAUGAAAGUAAUUCCGAAUUAAGCAAUCUUAAGGUUAACAAAGAAAAUCCAAUAACAGGAAAAAACAAUAAGAAUAUUGAUAAUAAUGAAGAUGGACAAAAUACUAAUCUAAAUAAUAAUAAUGUGAAAAAUAUUACUAAGGAAAACAAUAAAAAAGUAACCAAUUCAAACUGUGACUUUUUCAAAGCAAAUAAUAUGGAAAAGGAUCUCAUGGAAAUUUGUAAAAAUAAUCAUUUAUUUGGCUUAGAUUAUUUCGUAAAAAAAAUUAUACAAUUACAUGAUAUAAUAAAUAUAAGACAUUGUGUGUUUAUUAUGGGGGAGCCAGGAUGUGGUAAAACGACUUUGUUUAAUAUGUUAUUGGAAUAUCAAAAAACCAAAUUAAAUUUAAAAACAGUAAGUAUUAAAAUAAAUCCUAAAGCUAUAAAUAUUGAUGAUUUAUAUGGAAGUGUUCAUAUGAAAACAAGAGAAUGGAAAGAUGGGGUUUUUUCAAAAUAUAUGAGAAAUUAUUCAAAAAAAGACAAUUAUGAUAAAGCUUAUAUAAUUUUUGAUGGUAAUUUAGAUUCUCAUUGGAUAGAAAAUAUGAACUCGGUUAUGGAUGACAAUAAAGUAUUAACUCUCUCAUCUAACGAAAGAAUAUUAUUAAAAAAUCAUAUGAAUUUAGUUUUUGAAUUUAGCGAUUUAAUGUUUACUACUCCUGCUACAAUAUCUCGGGCUGGUUUAGUUUAUUUUUCUGUUGAUCCCAAUUCUUUAUGGAAAAAUUAUUUUUUAUCAUGGAUAGAUAGGCAUGAUAAUUUUAAUAGCAACAUUAAAAAAUUAUUUGAAAAAUUAAUGUAUAAAUAUGUAGAACCCACUUUUUCUUAUUUAAAUACAUUGCAAACAUCUAUAAAGGUAUCACCUAUGUCUCAUAUACAAUCAUUAUCCUCUUUAUUAGAUAUAUUAUUAAAGGAUAACAAUUUUGAAAGUGUAGAACAUUAUUUUAUUUAUUCAGUUAUAUGGUGCUUUGGUAGUUUUCUGGGAGAAAAAGACAAUAUUAACUACAAAAAAUGUUUUGAUAAAUAUUGGAAAAAUAAUUUUAAAAGUAUAAAGGUAAAUAGAAAAAUUAGCGUAUUUGAUUUUUAUGUUGAAAAUAAUAAAUUUAAAGAAUGGGAUGAAUCCGAAAUAUGUAAUGAAUUAGAUAAUAAUUAUUUGUUAAACAAUGACAUAUUUGUUGAAACAGUAGAAAGUUGCGCUUAUAAAUAUAUUAGUAAAUUAUUCUUGAAAUCGGAUAUGCCCAUUUUAUUUAUUGGAAAAACAGGUGUAGGAAAAACACAAUUAUGCAAAAAAAUAUUAAGUGAAGAAAAAGACAAUUUUAAAACCUUUUAUAUGAUAUUUAACUAUUACACUACAUCAAAAAAUGUACAAGCUUUAAUGCAAAGUUGUUUAGAAAAAAAAUCAGGAAAACAAUUUAGUCCUCCAUAUCAACAAAAACUUAUCUAUUUUAUUGAUGAUAUUAAUAUGCCCAAAUGUGAUGAUUAUAAUACACAAAGUGCCAUCGAAUUAUUAUGUCAAUACAUAGAUACUAAUUCAUGGUUUGAUUUAGAAAAAUUAAAUUUAAUAAAAAUAUUAAAUACAAAACUUUUAUCAUGUAUGAAUUAUAAUAGAGGAAAUUUUACAAUAAAUCCAAGACUUUUACGACAUUUUUUUAUAUUAAAUAUUAAUUUCCCUGAAAAUAAUACAGUUAAUAAUAUUUUUAGUGUAUUAUUAAAAGGACAUUUUAACAACUUCAAACAAGAUGUAGCAGAUAUUGUUCCAUCUAUAUUAAAGUCUACCAUAUCUUUGUAUUAUAAUAUAGAAAAAAUAUUUAAAAGAACAGCGAUGCAUUUUUAUUACGAAUUUAAUUUAAGAGAUAUUCAUAGUAUUAUUAAAGGUUUAUUAACUACAACCCCUAACAAUUUUCAAGAUUGUGAUAAAUUAUUAUUUUUGUGGUUGCAUGAAUGUGAAAGAGUUUAUUCUGAUAAGCUAAAUAGAGAAGAUAAAAAAAUAUAUAAAAAUAUUAUAAUUGAUAUAAUAAAAAAAAUGUAUAAUAAAUAUGAAAUCAAUAAGUUUGUUAACAAAUAUGAUAAUAAUCUAUUAUUAUUUUCUAAUUUUCACAAAGGGAACCAUGAUAAGUGUUAUGAUCAAUGUAAAAAUAUUGAAGAAUUAACAUUAUAUUUAUCAGAAGAAUUAAAUGAAUACAACAAUUUUUAUAAUUUAAAUAUUGUCCUAUUUAAUGAUGCUAUAAAACAUAUUUGUAAAUUAAUUAGAAUCAUAGAUAAUUUAAAAUCAGAUGCAUUAUUAUUAGGUAUAGGAGGAUGUGGAAAAACAACUAUUUCAAAAUUCUCCUCAUAUGUUGCAUCUAAAACUUUCAUAGAAAUAGAUUUCUCACGUCAUUGUACAGAUAAUGAUAUUAAAAAAUAUUUACAAAAUAUAUUUCAUAGAUGUGUUAUGAAAAAUGAAGAUAUUAUCCUUUUCUUAAAAGAAAGCAAAAUACAUGACAACUUUUUUAUAUAUAUUAACGAAUAUAUGUGCACAAAUAAUAUAAUCGAUUUAUAUACAAAAGAAGAAAAAGAUUAUGUAAUAAAUAAUGUAAGAAACAUAGCUAAAUCAGAAAAUAUCAAAGAAACAGAUAAUGAUAUAUUUGAUUAUUAUAUCAAGAAAGUAAAUGAAAAUUUACACUUUAUUUUAUGCUUUUCUCCUACUAGCAACAAUUUUAGAGAUAAAGCAAAUAAUUUCCAAUGUAUAUUAAAUAAUACUAUGAUUGAUAUUUAUGACAAUUGGGAAGCUGAUUCAUUAAUGUGUGUUGGAAAAAAUUACGUAAAUAAUAUAUAUAUGAAUAUUAAUACAGGAGAUAUUAUACUUAACCAGGAUUAUAUAAAUCUAAAGAACCAGGACACAGCCCAACUAAAUACAGACACAAAUGUGAUAAAUAAUAUAGAAAACAAAACUGAUCAACAAUAUGAGAAAAUAAAUGUGGAAGUAAAUAAUCUAAACGAAAAAAUCAAUUCUCUAGAAAAUGUAGAUAUAAAUUCUAGCACUAAAAAUUACCAAAAAAUAGAAGGAACAUCUACUGAAGAGUCAUCUCCUUGUACUACUAAUUCCCAAGCUAAUAAAGACAUACCAAAAGGAAUAGAAAACACAGAUGCAUCUAAAAUUUUACCAUUAUUUAACAAAGAAGAAUAUGUAAACCUAAAAGAUAUAAUAACAGAAUAUUUAAAAGAAUGUUAUGAAGACAUAUUAGAUAUAUCAUCUGAUUAUUAUUCACAUGAAAGGUCACAUAUAUAUAUAACACCUAAAUUAUACCUAGAAAGUAUAAAAACAUAUCAUAUUAUGUUAUUAAAAAAUAUUACAAAUAUAAACAACAAAAUGAAUAUGCUAAAAAAUGGGAUUACAAAAAUGAAUGAAACAAGUUCAAAUGUAGAAAUAAUAAAAAAUUGUUUAAAAGAAAAAAAAAAAGUGUCAGAAGAAAAAAAGGAAGCUGCUGAAAAAUAUGCUAUUGAUAUUGGAAAUGAAAAAAUGAUCGUUAAGCAAGAAAGUGAAUUAGCAGAUAUCGAAGAAAAAAAUUGCAUAGAAAUUCAAACGAUUGUAUUAAAACAACAAGAAGAGUGUGAAAAUGAUAUCGUAUUAGGUAUACCAUUAAUAGAACAAGCCGAAGAAGCACUUAAUACAUUAAAUAAAAAAAAUAUACAAGAAUUAAAAACAUUAAAUAAACCACCACCAGGUGUCGAAGAUAUCACUGCUGCUGUUAUGCAAUUAUUAGCUACAAUCGAUACAACUAUAUCUGUUGAUAAAUUUGGAAAAAUAAGAGACCCCAGUUGGAAAUCGGCACAAAAAAUGAUGAUUAAUCCUGAAAAAUUUAUAUCUUUAUUAAAAGAUUAUAAAAAUAAGAUUGAUGAAAAUUUAGUUCCAGAUUGUAAUUUUAAAUAUGUAGAAAAUUUAAUUAAAUUACCUCAUUUUAACAAAAAUGCAAUUCAAAAAAAAUCGAAAGCAGCGGCUGGUUUAGCUGAAUGGGUAUUAAAUAUUACAUCUUUUUAUAAAAUUAUACAAAAUAUAUUACCAAAAAGAAUAUUAUUAGAUAAUACGAAAAGGAGCCUUGAGGAAGCAAAUGAGAAAUUACAAACUGUUAGAGAAAAAGUGCAAUCACUUAAGGAAAAAUUAAACGAUUUAAUAAAUCGCUAUGAACGUGCUAUUUAUGAAAGAGAUUUAGUUAUUUUAGAAGAAAAGAAAUUAAAAACUAAAUUAGAAUUAUCUAUUAGAUUAAUAGAUGCUUUGAGUAGCGAACAAAUAUCAUGGUCUAAUCAAUAUGAAAGCUUAAAAAAAAAGAAAAAAACAAUUUUAACAGACAUACUAUUAUCUUCUACAUUUGUAACAUUUUGUGGAGGAUUUACAAAAAAAUAUAGAAAUAAAAUAAUGACAAAAUGUAUAGAUACAUUGAAUAAAAAAAAUGAAAUUCAAAAUAAAGCUUUUGCAAAUAUUUUCAAAAAUAGUCCAAAUGAUGCAACUACAGAGCAUGGAACAAUUAACACCCCAAACAAAUUUGGUUAUGCAUCUGCAAAUGAGGAUAUAAGUAAAUAUGGAAAUAAUAAAAACGAUAACAAUAAUAUUAAAAAUAAUAGUGAGGAUCCCAGAAUGAGUAACAGUGUAUCUCCUAUGAAUCCAAAGGGAAAAGAUAAAGAUGAGACAUAUAGUAAUAAAGAAAAUGAAAGUGAUGAUAAAUCAAUAUAUAAUAUAUUUGCAGCAAGCAACUUUAAUUUAGAUUUAUUGAUAAAUGAAGAAAUAUUAUCAAAAUUAAGUAAACAAGGAUUAACAUUGAAUUCUGUUUGUAUUGAAAAUAAUAUAAUUUUAGAAAAUAGCGAAAAGUUUCCUAUUAUUAUAGAUCCUCAAAUGGAAAGUUUAAAAUGGUUAAUUAAUAACCAAAAAGAAAAAAGUGCAAAAUUAAUAAUAACAGAUAUUAAUGAUAAAAUGCUAUAUAAACAAAUUGAAGAAUGUAUAUCAUAUGGAUAUUCUAUUAUUAUAGAAAAUGCUGAUGAAUACAUUGAUAAUACUUUAUAUAAUGUUAUAUCAAAAAAUAUUAUAAAAAGAAAAAAUAAUUAUUACAUAAAUAUAAAUGAUAAAGAACUUAUAUUCCACCCAGAUUUUUAUAUAAUCUUACAUACACAAUUGUCUAAUCCUCAUUAUCAACCUGAAAUUCAAUCAGCAUGCUCUUUAAUUAAUUUCACUGUUACCCCUGAUGAUUUAGAAGAACACUUAUUAUCCAUUACUUUGCAAAAUGAAUUCAAUCAAUUAUAUAAAAAGAAAAAAAAAUUAUCUUUAUUAAAAUAUGAUUAUAUGUGUCAAUUAUCAUUUUUACAAUCUUCGAUUCUACAAAAAUUAACUGAUGCUAAAGGAGAUAUUUUAGAAGAUGUUUCACUUAUUGAAAAUCUCGAAAAAACCAAAUUAUUAAGUGAAAAUAUUGUUAAAAAAAGUGAAAUUGUCAAAAGCACAGAAGUACAUAUUAAUACGAUUAUUAAUUUAUAUAGACCUUUAUCAAAAAGAGGAGUCAUGUAUUUUUUCAUUUUACAAAAACUCAAAAAUCUUCAUCACUUUUAUUUUUAUUCUUUAGAAAUAUUCUUAAAAAUUUUUAUAAAAUGCUUAAAUGAUUGCUCAAAGAAUGGUUUCUCAUAUACCGAAAAAUCAGAUUCGAAAAAAAUGAAAAAAAAAAGAUAUAAAAAAGACCUACAGAAAAGUCUUGAAAGAAACGCUGAAAAUAGUAUACAUGCCGAAGCUCCAACAAUAAACGUUUACAGUGACAAAGAGAAGGAAAAUAACAUAGAACCUCUCGAAUCAUCAGCUGACUUAGGAGAAGUAGAAGAGAGUUAUGAUAAAGAAGCUGAAGAUAUUGGAGAUAUUGAAGGUGUGCCGAAAAAUUUGAAUAUCGCUGAAGAGGAUGAAGUCGAAGCAGUAGAAACUAAAAAAAUAGAAGAAGACGAAUCAAAGGAAACAGGAGACAAAGAAGCUAACGAAGUAGAUGCAAUUAACAUGGAUGAAAUAGAUAUUAAUGAAUCUGAAGAAGAAAUUGAUGAGGAAGAGACAAUAGACGAAAGUCUAGAAAGCGAAGACUUUGAAAAUGAUGAUAUCAAAAAUGAGGAAAUAAAAAUAGAUAAAAAUGAGGUAGAAAAAAGAGUGAACAUGCUAAUAAAUAUGUUGAUUGUAAAAAUGUGGAUGUAUAUCGAUAAGGGGUUAUUAGAAAAGGAUAAAUUAAUUGUGAAAUGCUUAAUUAUGUUAAAUUUAGAAAAGUUAAAUGGUAAAAUAACACAAGAAGAAGAAGCAAUAUUUAUAAAUCCAAAGCAUAAAUUAUAUAACAAGACAAAUGAAAAAAUAGAUAAUAAAAAGAAAAAUGAAAAUAUAGAAAAGAAAAUAAUAAACAAAUCAUUUAUUAAUGAAGAAUUAUACGAAGAUUGUAAAAAUCUAGAAAACUUAAAAGAUUUUGAAAAUUUAAUUGAUAGUUUUGAAAAUGAAAAUAUGUCAUGGAAACAAUGGCUAUUAUGUGAAAAAGUUGAAAACGAAGAAUUACCUAGAAAAUUUAAUAAAUUAAAAGAUUUUUCAAAAUUAUUAUUAAUCCGAAUAUUACGUAAAGAUAGGUUUUUAAUUGCCUUAAAAAGAUAUAUUGAAAAACAUAUUAAAAUGACUAAUGAAGAGCAAAACAAAUAUUCUUUGGAAAAUAUAUUAGAAGAAUAUAUCGAUAAUAGGACACCCGUUUUAUUCUUGUUAACUCCUGGUAACGAUCCAUCUAAGGACAUAGAAAAUUAUAUUGAAAAGUUGAGAAGGCAAAAAAAUGAAGAUGAUAACAAAAAAAAUAUUAGCAAAAAAGGAAGUAACACAGAAAAUGGUAAUAAUGAUAAUGAUGAUACAAUUAAUGAAGAGUCCAGCAAAAAUAUAUCUUAUAUUAAUAUUUCCAUGGGUCAAGGACAAGAAAGUGUAGCAUUAAAAUAUUUAGAAGAAAUAUCAAAAGUCGGAGGUUAUAUAUAUCUACAAAAUAUUCACUUGAUGACAAAAUGGUUAAAAGAAUUUGAAGAAAUUCUUGAUAAAAUAAUUUCAAAUGCCCAUAAAGAUUUUCGAUUAUUCUUAUCAUCAACUAUUCCAUUUGAAAAUAAUACACAAUUAUUGCCUGAAAAAUUAUUAAAAAAAUGUUUCAGAGUAAAUAAUGAAAAGUCUUAUAGUUUAAAAGAAAAUAUUAAAUGCUGUCUUGAUAAAUUUGAAAAUAAAGAAUAUGACACAAAAAUAAAAACAGUUAUAUUUGGUUUGUCAUAUUAUCAUAGUUUAUUAUCGGGAAGGUUUUUAUAUGGAAAAAUUGGUUUUAGCCAAGUCUAUUCAUUUAAUGAUAACGAUUUAGAAAUAUCCUUUAAUAUUAUAAAAAGGUAUCUAAGUAAUAAUGAAAACUUCCCAUUAGCUGAUGUUCUAUUUUUAGUUGGCGAAAUCAUUUAUGGAGGACAUAUUACUGAUAUAUGGGAUAGACGAAUAAAUAAAACAUAUAUAAGAAAUAUAUUAAAAGAAAUAUACAAAAAUAUAAUUAAUAUAAAUGAAAAGGAAAGAAAUGACAAUGGAAAUAGUAUUAAUAAAAAUAAUACUAGUAAUAGCAAUAUGGGUCAGAUUACCAACGGGCACAGAAAUGAUAACAACAACAUAGAUAGUGAUGAUGAAAGGGAUGAAACCAACAAUAAUGAAAUGGGCGAUAUAACGAAUUCUGGUAUAGAAGAAAAAUAUAUGCUAAAAAAUAAUAAAAAAAAUAUUUUGUUUGAAUUUUUUAGAUUCCCUGAUUGUAGUAAAUAUAAUAUUAAUCAACUGAAAAAAUAUAUUGAUGAAAAAUUAAAUAAAGAACAAACAUAUUUAUUAGGUUUACAUAUAAAUGCAGAAAUAGAAUAUAUGAAAAAUGAAUGUUCUAGAAUAUUACAAAAUUUACAAGAAUUAGGAAAUAAAGAUAUUGCAUCAUCUUCAAAUUAUAAGGAUGAAAAUAAAAAAAAUAUAACUAGCGAAAAUGUAGAUGGACAAAAAUUAAAAGAAAAUGAAAGAAGCAACGAAGGUAAAGAAGAAAAGAAAUGUAACAGAAAAGAUACUGAAAAUAAUGACGGAAUAAAAAUCAUAUAUGAUAUAAUAAAUACAUUAUUAAAUGAAUUACCGGAAAAAAUAAAUAUAGACGAUUUAAAAAUAGAAGAAAUUGAAAAUAAUACAUUUGUGGUUAUAGCAAUAAAAGAAGCAGAAAAUUUUAACAAACUAAUUGAAUGUGUAUAUGAUACAUUAAUAGAAAUAAAACUAGUUUUAGACGGUAUAUUAAAUGUUAAUGAUAAAAUACAAAAUACUAUUAGAUCAUUAUUAUUACAUAAUAUACCAGAAAUAUGGAAAAAAUACUCUUAUCCUUCAAAAAAAAAAUUAAUGCCAUGGUUUGAAAAUUUCAAAUUAAGAAUUAUAUUUAUAAAAGAAUGGAUAGCAAAAAUACGAAAUAAUGUUUAUUUGCCUAAUUCUGUAUGGUUAUCGGCUUUAUUUAAUCCUAUUUCAUUUUUAACUGCAAUUAAACAAAUGUUUGCACAUAAAAAUAAUGUACCUAUUGAUAAAUUAAAAUUAAAAUGGCACGUAACAAAUAUAACUAAAGUAGAAGAUAUAAAUAAUAAAAAUAAUUCUUUAUAUAUACAUGGAUUAUUCUUACAAGGUGCUUCAUGGCUUAUUAAUUCAAAAAAUGAUGCGUUUGCAUUUGACAUUUCAAAUUUAAAUGGAAAUAUAUCAUAUGGAAAUAUAAUCGAAUCUGUUCCUAAAAAUGCAUACUUUUCCAUGCCAGUACUUUAUGUUUAUUGUAUAACAAAUGAACAGGAUGAAAUCCUGAACCAAACUACGGAAUCAAGAUAUCUUAAUACGCCUUUAUAUAUAACAUCUGACAGAGGAAAUACAUUUGUUUGUUCUGUUGAUUUGAACCUUGAAAUUGAUGAUAGUGAAGACAAAUGGAUUUUAGCCGGAGUUGCCCUCGUUCUUUCCGAUGAUUAA